AUGGCCUUAAUGGGGAAAAUAAUAGCAAACCGUGUAUUUGGCCAACUUCAGGCAAGUUCUACGACUUUAUCACUUUUCCGAAAAAAUUCAAGCCGUUCUACGGAUUUGAAAGAAAUCUUGGCACAAAAGAUUGCUGAACAUCGAAAGGUGGUAAAAAAAUUUCGUGAAAAUUAUGGAAGUAAAGUUGUAGGAAAAGUCACUGUUGACCAGAUGUAUGGCGGCAUGCGAGGUAUGAAAUGCUUGCUAACAGAAACGUCUGAGUUAGAUCCAGAGGAAGGAAUCAAAUUUCGCGGAAGAACCCUUCCAGAAUGUUUGGAACAGCUUCCCAGAGCUCCAGGGGGUGAAGAGCCUCUUCCCGAAGGCAUCUUUUGGUUAUUAAUGACUGGGGAUAUACCAACUUAUGAACAGGCGAAAAGCAUAUCCCAGCAGUGGGCGGAACAGUCAGAAUUACCGUCGCAUGUUCUUACAAUCUUGAACAACUUUCCCCCUACCGUGCACCCUAUGACUAGAUUCUGCGCUGCUAUUACGGCUUGUAAUACCGAAAGUGUGUUUGCCAAGGCCUACAGGGAAGGUGUGCCAGAGUCAAGAUAUUGGGAAUUCACUUACGACGAUGCCAUGAGCCUCAUUGCGAAACUCCCUUCCAUAGCAGCUACUAUUUAUAGAAAUAUGUAUCAUAAAGGAAGCAGCAUUUAUACAGCGGAUAUGACGAAAGACUGGACGCAUAAUUUUACUUUGAUGCUUGGCCAUAAAGAGCCCAAGUUAACCGACUUUAUGAGAUUAUUCUUCAGUAUUCAUAGCGAUCAUGAAGGCGGGAACGCGUGCGCGCACACUGUCCACUUGGUGGGCAGCGCUUUGGCCGACCCCUUUCUUUCCUUCGGCGCUGGAAUGAAUGCAUUUGCUGGACCAAUUCAUGGAUUAGCAAUUCAGGAAGUUCUUGUUUGGAUUAAGAAGUUGAUGGAAAAAUAUGGUCCAAAUGUAACUGAAGAUCAAGUGAAAGAUUUCAUUUGGCAAACUCUUAAAUCUGGCCAGGUCGUUCCUGGCUACGGCCAUGCUGUGUUAAGAAAAACAGACCCCCGUUUUACCACGAUGCGUGAAUUCGCCUUGAAGCAUUUGCCAAACGAGCCACUGGUCAGAAUUGUAUCAGCUGUCUACAAAAUCGCGCCGCCUAUUCUGCACGAAUUAGGAAAAGUAAAAAACCCGUGGCCUAACUGUGAUGCACACAGUGGCGUUUUGUUUCAGUGCCUUGGACUGAAGGAAAUGCAGUUUUACACAGUAGUGUUUGGCAUGUCCCGGGUUCUUGGUGUGAUGGCUUCUUUGGUUUGGGAUCGUGCCAUGGGUCUGCCUAUGGAACAACCAACAUCCAUAACAACCGAUGAACUCAUGCAACUUGUUGGAGCUGUAGAAAAGACCAGCCACUUAAAAGAAGUUGAAGCAAGCUAUUUGCAGUAAUAUAAUAAUAGCAUCAUAGAUCAAGGAUUCUCAAACUUUUUAAUAUUUCUUUUUUAAAUAAGAAUAAAAAAAUAUA